UCACUGGGUUUCUCUCUGGGGGACAUAGAGCUCUUUUGCUUCCUCAGCUUCUCUUUCAUCCUCAAACUCCAGGACCUUCCUUUUCCCACCAGAGGCAUUAGAAAAUCCCUUCUCAGAGCAGGAUGAAUAAGCUGAAUGUAGCCUUUACGGAAAAGAAAAUGUCCCACUCAACUCAGAAGCAGAAGAGGGGACGUAUGCAUGGGACGAGAGAAGAUUCCUUAUCUGCUCCCUGGAAGCUGCUGGCUGGGAUUUUGGGGGUCCUGAGUCUGGUGUUAAUGGCAGCCGUGCUAACACUGGGGAUUCUUAUGGUAAAAAGUGAUGUCUUAGAAUCUUCAAAACAAGUACCUGAGAACUCUUCUUCACUUCCCAGCACCAUAUCCCAGAGCGGUUGUUACUAUGGCUCUUGCCCAGAGAAGUGGAUCUGGAGUAGAGGAAACUGUUAUUACAUCUCUAAUGACAUUAUGGAUUGGCAAGGCAGUAGAACUGACUGCAUGAAAAGGAAUUCCACUCUCUUGAAGAUAGAAAGCAGGGAAGAGUUGAAUAAUUUUUUGAAUCUUCUGAGCGCCAUGUAUUGGACUGGACUUUCUCAUAAUGUCACAGCGAGCUCCUGGAUGUGGGAUGAUGGUGCCGCUCUCUCCCAGGAACUGUUGUCAGUGGUAAAAGAUUUCCCUAGUGGAAAGUGUGUAUAUUAUGGACUUCAGGAUUCAUUUGUUCACGAUGACUGUAAUUAUUCAACAUUUUAUAUCUGUAAACAAAUGGCUAUGCAGUUUCUUUUUUAAAAACGCAAGUGCUCAAUUUCUAAAAAUUAUGUUCUUAAACAUCCUCACUUAAUAGAUCACUUAUAAUGUUAAAAAUUUUCAGGUUUCUGGUGCAAUAGACCUUAUUCUAGAAUCACAUAGGCCUCUUGGAUGCAGAUCAGUGGAUUAUUGUGGUAUUCAGAUAGGGGAAUAUCAGUUUACCCACAGUUUUGAAGAUGAAGUUUCCUAUCAAGGAGUGAUAACUGAACUGUUCUUCACUAACAAUUUAUGUAAAUCUACUUUUAUCUAAAUAUCAGAAAAAUAAAGGGAAAAACACAAUUCA